AUGAGUUGCAACGGCUGCCGAGUUCUUCGAAAGGGAUGCAGCGAAUCCUGUGUGUUGCGUCCCUGUUUGCAGUGGAUCGAAACCGCCGAAGCUCAAGGCCACGCCACUGUCUUCGUUGCCAAAUUCUUUGGCCGUGCUGACCUCAUGUCCUUCGUCUCCAACGUUCCAGAAAACCAAAGACCUGCUCUGUUUCAGUCCCUGCUGUUCGAAGCGUGCGGGAGAACGGUCAACCCCGUCAACGGUGCUGUGGGCCUUCUCUGGACCGGGAACUGGCACGUCUGCCAGGCGGCGGUGGAGACCGUGCUCCGAGGAGGCACGCUUAGGCCCAUGCCGGAGCUCAUGGGACUCGCCGCUGCCGCUGCCGACGAGGCAUCGGAAGUUGCAUGCUCCGACAUUUGGAGAACCCGAGACCCGAACCCGAGUUACGGCUUCACGAACUCGAGAUCUCAUAACAAAGUCUCUUCCGGCGGUAAACGCAAGCGGUUGGAGGAGCCAACGAAACUUCAGGCGGCGCCGAAUCUUGAUCUCCGGCUGACGCCGAUUUUCUUACAGAAAAAGGUUGAGAGUCGGCGGCCGGUCUCGCCAUCGAUGACCUCCGAGGAGUCCGGCACGACGACGGCGUGCUUGGAGAGCAGAUUCGGGGAUCAGUGGGAUCACAGUGGAGACCGGAAAGUUCUCAACCUUUUCAUUUGA